GGACGAUUGGUGAAACGGAGACGCCUAUAUAUUUCUCUGUUCGUUCCCGGCUUCUCUGAACUCAGGACGAGUUGUUGAGGGGCAUCGAUCAGCUCCACAGCGUCAUGACAACAAAGGAUUCUACUUUGAUCAUUGAAGUGGACCUGCAAUGCGAGAAAUGUUACAAGAAGAUUCAGAAAAUCCUCUGCAAACUCCAGUCGAAGGAGGACAUCAGGAAGAUUGAUUUCGAUAACACGAAGAACACGGUCACCAUCUCGGGCCGCUUCGACCCAGCGAGGCUGUCCAAGAAACUGAGAUGCAAGGCCUGCGACGUGAUCAAGGACAUCAAGAUCAAGCCUCAAGAGGAGAAGAAGCCCGAGGACAAGAAGAAACCUGCCGAGGAAAAGAAGAAGCCGGAAGAGAAGAAACCCGAGGAGAAGAAACCUGGCGAGGAAAAGAAGAAGCCUGAGGAGAAGAAACCCGCCGACGAAAAGAAGCCGGAAGAGAAGAAGGGUGACGACGAGAAGGCGAAGGCGCCGUCGUCGUCGACGACGACGGUGAACCUGCAGUUCACCAACAUAUGCGGCAUCUGCUACCCGUGGCCGUGCAGCGACCCGGCGCACUGGGGCAUCCACCACCCGCAGCAAAUGAUACCUCAGUGGCCGCCGUGCGGAGGUAUGGCGCCGGUGCCCGCGCCGUUGCCGGCACCGGCGCCGUUACCUGCCCCGGUUCACCACCCACACCCGCCCUGCGGUGCCCCUCAGAAAUGGGCACCGUGCGGGGGGCCUUCGUUCUGCGGCGGGUGCGGGUGGUGCCACGGUGGCGGCGGUGGCGUGCACGGUUGGGCGCCGGCGCCGGCGCAGCCGAUGUGCUGCCCCGGGCCGUCGCUGUGCAGAGGGUGCAACGGAUGCAAGAUCGUCCAGGAGACCAAGUUCAGCUACGAAGAGUACCCGUCGAGUGCAUGUGACAUCAUGUGAUUUCACCUGUGGUUUUUGAAUCGUAUAUUAGCUCGCUCUCUGAAUUAUCGUUAAAAUAGCACAUAUAUUAUUAGACUUUUGGAAGUAAUUUUCUCGCAAAUGGAAAGUUUUUUUUGUUGUGGAAAUUAGUUUUUUGAUUCACGUCCAUAAUCUUCAGUGCAUUGGCAUAAGUACAUGAACAGUGUUUGCAUUU